AUGGCCACGGCCAGGACUUGGGCCAAGAUUCGGCCCGAAAAGCCGGCAGAGCGACCUCCUGGCCCACGCUACUACAGGCACUGGGGCUCCCAUUACCGCGGCAAGCCGGCAGUGGGCAUGGGCAACUUUGAGCUCUGGCGCGGCCGCUUCUUGGAGGGUCCGCCACGGACUGUCACGGGCCCAUGGCCAAGAAGGCCCGUUGACCCGCCUACACCUGACCCUGUGGCAGAGGAUUGGGAUGACCUGAGCGCCAUGCACGCCAUGAGCGCCAUGCCCAAGGAGGCCGCGCAGAGUUCCAGGUGUCCGGAGUCCGUGUUGGCAAGGCCCAGGCCAGGCGAACGGAAAGAGAGGAAUAUCGCAGUGCAGGAGCUGGGCAUCCUCCCGUUGCCAAAGAGCCAGCCGCCCAGCUUUGGCUACGGCGUCCCAGCGGUGUUGAAGCCGUUACCGCCCUGUGCUGCGGCAGCUGGAGAAGAGGCUGUGGAUAUUCCUCCGGAGGAGCGUUUCCGCACGACGUACAAGGACAAGUUCCAGGCAGCGCCUGCAAGUACCACCCAUACUCCGGAGUACUUUCCAGUACGCUUUGUGCCGGCUGGCAAUCGCCAUGUCAAAGAGAUGGCCCUCAACAUGCUGGGAGCUCAUGUGGCAAGAGCUGGCUGA